GCGUUCAAUGUGAGAAGCUGUGGACUAAAGAUAGUAAUUGGUAUGAAACUGACUUAUUGAGAAUAUUUGUCAAGAACAAUAAUUCGGAAUCGUCGAAGCGACCAAGAAAUUUUACUCAAAUUAG